AUGAGAGAUAAAAAAAAAGUUGGUUCUGAGGCAGCUUCUUGGGAUGUCGCCACUGAGUCAACCAACAAGGCGAUGGAAUUGGAGCAGUCGAAACAAAAGAAUAAAGAAAAGAUCGAAGGUCAUGAUCGUGAUAUUUCUUCGUGGAGAAAACAAAUAGAAGAACUGCAGGCAAAAAUCUCUGAAGCUGAAAGAAGAAAAAGUGAACUCCUAGAAUUUGAUUAUGCUUUGAUGGCUAAAGAACUAGAAUUCGGCAUGGAGUUUGUCGAAAAAGCUCGAAAACUUGAAUCUGAAAUUAAACUUCUCCGGUCGAAAAGGUCUUUAUGUGAGAAGCGUCUGGAACUUCUCAAAGAAAAGUACCUUCAGAUCAAGGCCAAUCUUCCUUUUUAG